GUUUAUGUCUCCUAGUGAUAAUGUUUUGCAGUGUACAUAUUCGUCUCUCAGAUAAAGACGCUGGAGUGUGCUCGAGUGCAGGCAAGUCGUGCGUAAUGAGCUCCUAACGCGCAGGAUACAUUUUACCUUAAUGAAAGUGACCUGACAAGUUGCCCCAGAAGAAGUCGAUACGCCUUCUUUCGCGGUGGAAAUAAAACAAUAUGCUCUCGCCAAGAUUUCCUCUGACAGACUCUCUCUGAAAGGAUAUAAAAUAUUUAGACUCUGGAAUGGAGAUCGGUACUAUCCGGUAGUCUGUUGUUGUCAAACCUAAGGGCAGCUUGGUUUUUCUUCAAAAUCUGACAUGGCCAUGUAAUUAAUGGAUUCCCUCAGCUUAAUCAAUGGCUCCUCUGGGAGCAAGGAGCUGCCCAUCGGGGAGGAUUCAUCUGAUGUGACUCUGAAUCAUCCGCUGCUAGAGCUGGGAGACAGCACCAAGCUUCUUGGGGUCCAGGUGGUUCUGAUCUUGGCAUACUCCACCAUCAUCCUUUUGGGCGUUGUGGGGAACUCUCUGGUGAUUUAUGUGGUUUACAAAUUUAAGACACUCCGCACAGUCACCAACUUCUUCAUCGCAAACCUAGCCGUGGCCGAUCUGCUUGUCAACACGUUGUGUCUCCCUUUCACGCUGGCUUACACUCUCCUGAGGGAGUGGAAAUUUGGACAAGUGCUUUGUUUCACUCUGCCAUACGCUCAAGGUCUCGCCGUCCACGUCUCUACAAUUACAUUAAAUGUGAUUGCGUUGGAUCGGCACAGAUGCAUCGUUUAUCACCUAGACACUCGAAUGUCAAAGGACACCUGCUUUCUGGUCAUUGCCAUCACCUGGGUGGUAAGCGCUGUUCUGGCUAGCCCACUGGCCAUAUUCAGAGAAUAUGGGAUCGUAGAUCUUUCUCCAGAUAACUCCAUUGAGGUUUGUGGAGAGAAGUGGCCUGACAGUAGCACAGACAGCACUCUAUACUCAAUCUCCACGCUGCUGCUGCAAUAUGUGUUGCCUCUGGCAAUCAUUUCUUUUGCCUACAUCCGUAUCUGGAGUAAACUCCGCAAUCACGUCAGCCCAGUUGGUCGCAACGACAGGCAUCAGCGCCGCCGUAAGACCACCAAGAUGCUGGUUACCAUGGUCGUGGUGUUUGCGGUCAGCUGGUUGCCAUUCCACGCCUUCCAGCUCGCCAUUGACAUUGACCACAGCGUGUUGGACAUGAAGGACUUCAGGCUUCUUUACACUGUUUUUCACAUUGUGGCCAUGUGCUCGACGUUUGCCAACCCACUGGUGUAUGGUUGGAUGAACCGGAACUACCGCAGCGCCUUUGUUGCAGUCUUCCGUUGCAAGGAAAGGCUUGAUUCGUUGCACGUUGAGGGCCAGGCUGCUACAGCGGUUCGCAGUAAACCCAAAAAGGCUUUAGAAGCACAAGAUAUAGUGACGACACAUCUCAAUGCAACAGAUGUCUGAGGUGAGGAUACCAAAAGGAUUCCUAAUGUCAGUUCGAAACUGUGGAGGAUUCAUCGUAUUAGGGAACUUCCUGGUGAUUUAUGUGGUUUCCAAAUUUAAGACACUUCAUACCAUCACUGAUUUCUUUACGGCAAACCUUGCCAUGUCCGAUCUGCUUGUAAUCACGGCGUGUCUCCCAUCUGUCCUGGCUUACGUUUCACUGUGGGAAUGGAGUUUGGAAGUGCUUUGUUUCAUGCUCAAGGUCUUGCUGUCCAUGUCACUGUGUUAAAUGAAAUUGUGCUGGUGGCAACUUCACAACAGUGUGACCUAGCUUAAUUUUAUGUUGUGAACUCUGUGCAAUAUAAGAGCACAGACAAGUGGGCCUCUUCAUGUUUGGAAGGAUCUUCUCAUCAUCUUUAUCAAUGCAUCUUCACCAAGAUGUAUAAUGUGGCUGAACAAACUUGAAGCAGGAACAUUUUCACCAUUUUUUAUUUGGAUCUUGCUGUGCGGAAUGCCUCUCCAUUUGUCGGAAAAAUGACUAUACGCAGUUUCAGAUGUUACCAUAUGACAAAUUUGUGCACUCUAAUCUUUAAGCAGCCAUCAUCUCUAGUGGACUUACAGGCAGGUUGUGCACUCAAAUGGCUCUGGAAAGUGUUAACAGCAAAUUGCUUCUCUUUUCAUCUGAAAGUAAUUUGCACAGAGGAACAGUGCGGUGGCACUCCUUCAGUCUAACAACGGCACGAAGACAGGGAGGUCUUUCUACCCCUGCGGUAUGAAUGUUUCAAAACAAAGAUCUGUAUUAUCUUCUCCUUCAUUAAACCUUGCGGGAUGUUCUGUCACUUCAUACUUUCCUUAUGAAAAUAUUAUGAAUGUGUUUCAUCUAAAAUACAGCACAAAGAAUUAUCCUUGACAGUGCUUGAUGGAUCAAAGUGUUCACUUGCUGGAUUGCUUUUUAGAAACGUAACCCUAGUAAUGGGUUGGCAUGUGCAAAUAUGACAACACAGAUAUGUACAUGAGAAAAGAAAAAAAAAACAGCACUGAACAGGUAAUGGAAAUGUGCUUUCUACUGUAUAUUGUUCUAUUCCGUAAAGCUGUCACAUUUGUAAUCACCAUGCCAGAUGAAUGUAAUUUCAUGCUAAAUCAAUAUUCUUCUAUGUAAGAAAAAAAAACUGACACAAGAGAUAUAUAUAUAUAUAUAUAUAUAUAUAUAUAUAUAUCGCACAUAGUAAUUCAUCUGCCUUUGAAAAUGUCACUUAUAGAAUUACAGCCGACACAUUAGAGGUGCAUGAUGUCAUAUCAACUUGAUAAUAUUCUCUUAUUCCCUCAUGUUCUCCAAUUUCCUCAAUCAAAAUCGAUCACAAAGCUGCCCUUAAGCAAAAAACUAUGACUCAUAUAAGUUAAGGGUUUGCUGAUGUAUUUCUAUUGACAUGGAAGGUAAUGCCUGUCCACUGUGGAGCUAAAUGACUCCUUUUAACCUAAAUUGUCUGCAGGAAAUGAGAAUGCCACUUUUAAUUAGCACUAUGGGCUUCUUUGUGGAUCCCACUUCAAUUCUGGAUGAGAAUUAAAAAUUAUUUGGUAAGAUUUAACAGCA